ACCGAGGGAUAGUUACCUACUCCAACGACGAGGAUCGACGUACUACACCAAUACAGCAAUAUGAUCUCUUGAUUGGACUCGCUCUCUCAACACACUCAUUUAAAACUAUAACACUCCUUACAACAAAUAUCACAGUCCUUCUUUCUCUCAUUUCAAAAAUCAGUUGCGCCGGUCGCAUUCUCGGAGUCGGGGUUCUAUACAUACAUACAAUAACACAGUCCUUAUGUCGGUUUUGACGCUUUGCAACACGCGAUCGCUCGGUGCACAUGCGGUGGUGGUGGUGGAUGAGGACUCAGGAGAGCAGGCUCUGAGGUCUUCGUGGGAGGGGGGAUACGACGACGAGUACGAGGACGAUGAGGAGGAGGAGGAGAAAGGAAGGGUGACGCCGUUGGCAGACGAGGAAGGAUCAAACGUGUCGACGAAACAGCUGGCCCUCAUCUACUCGCUCCAGCUCGCAGAAGCCAUCGUGGCGGCCAGUUUACAGCCUCAGCUGUACGUGCUGCUGAGGAGCGAGAAGUGCGGAAGUGUCAAUUCGGCAUACUAUACGGGACUGGUCGAGGCCAUCUUCGCCUUCGGCUCGCUAGCCGGUCUCUUCUGGGGACGGAUUGGCGAUCGACGAGGUCGCAAACCGAUAGCGCUGAUUGGCAUGCUCGGACUCUCGAUGUCCUGCGUAGCCAUGGGAUUCAGUGACGGCAUCUUUACGUGUGCGCUGAUUCGCGCAUUUGCCGGUGUUAUGAGCACGUCUAUUCGGGUUGCCAUGAGCACCAUGGUUGGAGAUGUCAGCGUCUCGUCCCGUGCCAAAGCGCGCAACUUCUCCAGAUUCCCAUUGAUAUCCACCGGCGGAGUCAUUGGCCCGCUCCUACAGGCGGCCCUUGCGCAUAGAGCCGGAGACAGCGCAUUCUGGCAGAGAUUCCCGAUUCUGAGCUCCCAGCUGGCAUGUGCCGGUCUGAUGCUCGUGCUAUUCCUGGUCAACCUGGUGCUUCUGAAGGAGACACUCCCGCGAGCUUCGGAAAGCGAUCUUGACGAGGAAAAGCAAAUCUUCACGUUUGGCCGCCGCAGGGGCAGCGAAUCCUCUGAUGAAUUCGGCGAGCAGGACGCAUUCCUCGGCCAACACACCAACAAGAACACCAGCACCACCAGCACCACCACCAGGAUUACCGAAUCCAACGAUACGAUUCAGCCAAUCCGUCUAUCGGAUAUUAUCCGUGCACCCAGCUUGAUGCUCAUCGUUGCAUCGUACUCGUUUCUCUCGGUGCACUCUGCGUCUUUCGAUCAGCUGCUGCCACUUCUGGGUAACUCUUCGAUCAAGCACGGCGGUCUCGGAUUGCCAUGUGCGUUCAUUUCGCUGGUGGUUCUCUUUUCCAGCAUCGCGGCCGGUGUUGUGAUCCUCAAGUUCUUUGAGAGGUCGGUGCAACGACUGGGGCUCCUGCAGUUGUUCCGUCUCUGCAGCUGGGUCUUCCCGGUCAUCUACAUCCUGACGCCCCUGCUCUCGAAGCUGGCACAAGGAUCGCAAGCGGGAAUCAUCGUCGCGUCUGCCACUUCCGUAUUCGCCAAAACCCUAGUCACUAAGUUCGCGCAGACACUCGUGCUCGUGCUCGUGACCAGCGCCUCGCCAGACUCCUACAGCCUGGCGACCAUCAUGGGAUUCAUGCAGUGCGCCAGCGUAUUCCGCAGUCUGGCGGUCGCGGGCACGGGAGUUGCGUUCUCGCUCAGCGACGAGUUGAGCAUUCAGACCACUAAUUACGGCCUGUGGGGGACCAUGGCGGCUAUGAGUCUCGGCGGCGCCGUGGUUGCGUACUUUGUGCGCGAUCAUCCAACCGUGAGGGAUUACCGCGACAUCCUCAAGUGGGAGGUCUGCUACGAUUCUUCAGAAGACUUGGGUUACGUGAGUGAAAAGGAAUCGGAGGAUUGAGGCGGGGGAGGAGAGGGGUAGUCUUGUUUGCAAUGUAUGUGUGUAUAUAUGGGGGGAACUUUUGUUGUGUAAAUUCUGUUUCGAUUUUUUAGGUAUAUCCUUUUCUUUGGCGAUCCUUCUCCUGCGAGCAUUCGCGUUUUUUUCAAUUGCGCGGUUUUUCUUCUUCUUUUUUCUUCUUUUUUCUUCUUUUUUUCGUUUGUUUGUUUUUUAUCUCUACUAUUUCUCUCCUUUGAUUCCCCAUUCGUUCUC